UGUAAAUUAUAACCGAAUAUCACUUCUAAUUUCUUCUUCUUCUUCUUCUUCCUCCUCCUCCUCCUCCCCCCUUUUCUCUCCCUUGUUCUCAAUGGUUCACCACCACUUCCUUCUAAUAUAAUCGCCGGUGGCCUUCUCGGUUCCAUAUGCCCUAUCUUCAUCUUCCUUCUCCUCCCAUCUUCAUGGAAGUGGGAUUUAAAGCAUAAAAUUUCAACACCUCCAGUCCCAAAGCUUGUGGUAAUAUCCAUCAUGUUAAGUUAUCGGAAAAUCCACCCUCUCCGCCGCGUCACCGCCGCAACCCACCCAUUCUCCUCCAAUGACAACCACCACAUCUCCAGCAUUAACUCUAAAUCCGAACUGCUCGACUUAUACACUGUUACACCCCCAAUCAAACCCUGGCCACGAAAACUCACCCACAAACGCCUCUGCUCCAUCAUCACCCAACAGCAAAAUCUCGAUCUCGCCCUUCAAAUCUUCCACUACGCCGGAAAUUACCACCCGAAUUUCCAUCACACUUACGAAACCUACCACUCUAUUAUCCACAAGCUCUCCCGCUUGCGCACUUUCGAGCCCAUACCCUCCCUCUUAAAUCAGUUACGCUGUUCACAUAUCAAAUGCGGAGAAAAUGUAUUCAUCACGCUAAUUAGGUAUUACGGUCUUGCCAGCAGACCGAAAGAGGCAAUCAAAAUGUUCCUUCAAAUUAAUGAUUUUGGAGUGCAAAGGUCAGUUCGUUCGUUAAAUACUUUGUUAAAUGUUUUGGUUCAGAAUAAGAAGUACGAUUCUGUGUACCUUAUGUUCAAAAAUUGCCAGAAGAGGUUCAACAUUAUGCCCAAUGUGUUCACUUGCAAUAUAUUAUUAAAAGCCCUGUGUAAAAAGGAUGAUGUUGAGGGUGCACUCAAGGUGCUUGAUGAAAUGCCUGGAAUGGGAAUGGUGCCUAAUGUGGUGAGUUACACUACUAUUAUGUCUGGAUACGUGGAUCGUGGUGAUAUGUCGGGAGCAAAGAGAAUGUUCGAUGAGCUCUUGGAUCGUGGCUGGUUGCCUGAUGCAACCACAUACACGGUUCUGAUGGAUGGGUUUUGUAAAUUAGGGCACUUUGUUGAUGCAACGAAGGUGAUGGAUGAGAUGAUAGAGAAUAGGGUUGAGCCGAAUGAUGUUACAUAUGGUGUCAUGAUUGAGGCGCUGUGCAAAGUGAAGAAGUCAGGGGAAGCAGUCAAUAUGAUUGGUGAUAUGCUUGACAGUAACUAUGUCCCCAGCUCAGCUUUAUGUUGUAAGGUUAUAGAUGUCUUGUGCAGGGAAGGGAAGGUCGAUGAAGCUUGCAGCUUGUGGAAGCUAUUGUUGGUGAAGAACUGUACCCCAGAUAACGUGAUACUGAGCACACUCGUGCAUUGGCUCUGCAAGGAAGGGAAGGUUUGGGAAGCAAGGAAGUUGUUUGAUGAGUUUGAAAAGGGUUCUAUACCUAGUGUUUUAACGUAUAACACGCUCAUUGCAGGCAUGUGUGAUGAAGGGGAGUUGUGUGAGGCUGGGAGGUUGUGGGAUAACAUGGUAGAAAAGGGUUGUCCUCCCAAUGCUUUCACUUUUAACUUACUGAUUAAAGGGUUCUGCAAAAAGGGUUAUGCAAAGGAAGGGAUCAAGAUAUUUGAGGAGAUGUUGGAUAAAAGGUGUUCUCCAAAUGAAUCCACUUACUCUAUCUUAAUUGAAGGGCUCUGCAGCUCUGGUUGUGAAGAUGAUAUACUGAAUGUUCUUGGUGCUGCUGUCUCUAGUAAAGUGGAGGUCACGUCUGAUUCUUGGAGCAUUCUAGUUAAAAAGUUUGUUCCUGAUUGUGGAAACAUAAACGUCACUUUGGAAAGAAUUUUAUUGGAGAAUGUGGAUUAAGGUUUCCGUGCCAAUUGACUUUGGAUGAAUGCAUGGAGGUCAGUGCUCUGGUUAUGCAUCUAAUGUUUAGUGUGUAAUGAUAUGAAUAGCUUUGCGUUGUCUGGACUUUCUUUUGAUCGGGAGAUAUCUGAGGCCAAAGCUUACAUUAGCUAAUAUCUGCCAGGGUACGCAACCUCCACAUUUUCCUUUGUAUUUCACUUAUGCACCUGUUAUUAAGUCUAAGGCAAUACAAAUGAGAAAUUUUUGGCUACUUGUUUCUUAAAGGAAUUUCUGAGGUUCCUAAGAUUUUUUUAUUUGAAACCAGUUGCAUUAUUUUUUGUUUUUUUUAGGAGCCAAACAAAGACCAACUAAAACCCUUUUUGUGAUAGACUUUGACCCUAUUCACACUUCUUACUCGAGAUCAUGACAUAGAAAGACAAUGUGAGAGGGUUCUUAAUGUAUGUAUAUGUCGGAAUUUUUUUGUGUGCAAUUUGAAACUCGUGAAGAUGCCAUAAAAGCUCUGGAAGGCACCAAUAUGAUGUAUUGAAUAUGUUAACUUGCUUCAUCUCUAUGUUUUUUUAACCUCUUCCCAGUGAGCUGAUAAAUUAACUUGUUAAUUUUCAGUAAGAUAUUCAAUAGGGUUGUAUCUGUUGAGUAUGAAGGGUUGAUGAUGAAAGGGGUCGCAGAUAUGGUAGCCCCGCCCCAUAAGAGAGAAGUAGUAGAAAUGAUACUUCCUUGAGGUCACUCAGUCCAGCAUACCACCAUAGUCAAUCAAGCAAGUUGUGAUUAUUGGCUGGCUCGAGCCACAUAUUAUGAUAGGUAUGAUGGUCCUUCUUGAGGGCCAGGAGUCCUGACCAUGUGCGAUAUACUAGAAGAUAUAUGCACUGUCUGAAUGCUUACCUUUUCUAUUGGUAGUUUUGAUUUUUUUUUAAAUAUAUUUUUUGUUGUAUCUAAUCUUGAAAAAAAAAUACUACUAUUCUUCACAAAGUCCACCUAAGAAAGGAUGGCCUCUGCAUUAUAUUACAACUUAGAAUUCUCUA